AUGUGCCGUUUUCUGGUAUACAAGGGCCGACAUGAGAUACGUCUCAGCAAAUUAGUAACAGAGCCCAGUCAUUCAAUUCUGACUCAAUCAUAUGAUUCCCGCCUUAGACUGGAUAACCGCCGUCCAGUAAACGGCGAUGGCUUCGGAGUAGGGUUCUACACGGACCCCAAGCUCGGCCCAGAGCCAUGUAUUUUCACAUCCACACUCCCAGCCUGGAACUGUGAGAAUCUUGAGCGAUUAGCAUCCAAAACCAGCUCCAAUCUGAUCUUCGCGCAUGUCCGCGCAACCACGGAAGGAGCCCUAUCAGAUAAUAACUGCCACCCGUUCCAACACAACACGUUGAUGUGGAUGCACAACGGCAACGUUGGUGGCUGGCAGUAUAUCAAGCGGCCGCUGGGCGAUUCCCUCGCGGAUCGCUGGUAUCUGGGCGUGAAAGGCGGCACAGAUAGCGAAUGGGCUUUUGCAUUGUUCCUUGACCUCUUGGAGAAGGAGGGUGUUGAUCCGAGUUCGGAUCCAGGCCCGGAGGGCUUCGGACAGGCGCUCCUACGACGGGUGAUGGUUAAGACUAUUGCAAAGAUCAAUGAGUUCAUUCGGGAUAUCCCCAAGAGACAUAAUGUUUCUGGUAUUGAGACCCGCAGCUUGCUCAAUUUUGCUGUAACGGAUGGCCAUACGGUGGUUUGUACGCGGUAUAUCAGCAGCAAGACGGAUGAACCUGCCAGUUUGUACUUCUCAUCUGGUACCAAAUGGAAGGAGGGAAAGGUCAAAGGCCACUUCAAGAUGGAACGUCACGAUAAGGGAGCCGAUAUUGUCCUAGUGGCAAGUGAGCCGAUUACGUUUGAGAGACAUAAUUGGGUUUCGGUUCCCGCCAACUCGAUUGUAACUAUCCAUAAGCAGACGGUCCUUCUACAUCCCAUCAUGGAUGAGUUCUAUAGCGAGGACUUGAACCAGGACCGCUCCUCCUGCUAUGCUGUGUCGAAGGGCCUCGUUAGUACGGCACCUGGAACAACAGUCCAACCUCAAAACACUGAGUCAAAGGCUCCUGCAAUUAGCGUCAAUGGUGCUAGAUUAGAUGAUCCCGCCGGAGGACUAGGCCAGCAUCAACUAGAGUUCGCUAAUAAAUGUGCAAUUUCACAUUGA